AACACUCUUCACCUAUCCACUUCCUCUCCUCUCUCUCAAUGGCUAACGAAGAAGAACUCACUGAGUCACAGCAACAAGAAGACCCAAGUCAACAAUCACCCAAUGCCGAUGAAGAAAACGGCUCCAACUCCGACUCAGACUCAGACUCAUCAUCCCAAUCCUCCGGCGACGAUUUCUACAUCUCCGAGUCAGAAAACGAAGCAGAAGGAGACAACGCCAUCUUCAACUACGUAAGACCAAGUGACAUACCUCCUGACCCAAACGCAAACCCAGAAACCAACAUCCGCAGAUUCAAUCGCGUCCUCGAUGGGAAACGAGUGAAGCGUAUGCAAGAAGAAGAAGAAGAGAAAUACACAUUCUAUGAAGAUCUUUUCGAUUUCCCUAGAGACCCAGAAAGGUGGAAGGAGCAAGAUUUAAGAGAGAUUUGGGCAGAUGGUCCAUUGGAGAUGACUAAACCUGGUUGGGAUCCAGUUUGGGCUGAUGAAGAUGAUUGGGAAAUUGUUAACGAUGAGAUUCAAGAAGGACGAGAUCCUGGGAUUCAACCUUUUUAUGUUCCUUAUAGGAAACCUUAUCCAGCGAUUCCAGAUAAUCAUUAUGAUAUUGAGAAUGCUAAAGGUGUUGUUGAAGAGCUUGAUAGGAUUGAAGAGUUUCUUCAAUGGGUCAGCUAUAUUUUCCCUGAUGGAAGCUCGUAUGAAGGCACAGUCUGGGAUGACUUGGCUCAAGGCAAAGGUGUCUAUAUUGCUGAAAAUGGGCUUGUGAGGUAUGAGGGUGAAUGGCUUCAGAAUGACAUGGAAGGGCAUGGGGUUGUCGAAGUUGAUAUUCCUGACAUUGAGCCCAUGCCAGGUUCCAAGCUUGAAGCUAAGAUGCGCGCGGAAGGAAGGAUUAUCAAGAGAGAUUACAUGACUCCAGAAGACAGAAAGUGGUUGGAGAUGGAUGUUGAGGACAGUGUUGCACUUACUGAUGGGAAUUUCCAAGUUCCUUUCUAUGAAAAUGAAGAGUGGGUCACACAGUUUGGCAAGAAACCGGAGAAAGGUCGGUAUCGCUAUGCUGGUCAAUGGAAGCACAGUCGAAUGCAUGGGUGUGGUGUCUAUGAAGUUAACGAACGCAUCCUAUAUGGUAGAUUCUACUUUGGAGAGCUAUUGGAGGAGGAGCAUGGCUGUACUGUAGAUAUUUGUGCGCUGCAUUCUGGUUUGGCGGAGGUGGCUGCAGCUAAGGCUCGAAUGUUUGUAAACAAACCCGACGGAAUGAUUAGGGAAGAGAGGGGUCCAUAUGGUGAUCCUCAACAUCCGUAUUUUUAUGAAGAAGAUGAUGUGUGGAUGGCACCGGGUUUCAUUAACCAAUUUUAUGAAGUACCUGAGUAUUGGGAAACCUAUGUAGACGAGGUGGAUCAAGAAAGGGAAAUGUGGUUGAACUCUUUUUACAAAGCUCCUUUGAGGUUACCAAUGCCUGCUGAGCUCGAACAUUGGUGGGAAAAUGUGGAGGUGACACCAGAGUUUGUCUUACUGAACAAAGAACCUGAACCUGAUCCAAAUGAUCCUUCAAAACUUGUCCAGAAGGAGGACCCUGUUAUUUUACAUACACCAACAGGUCGAAUAAUCAACUAUGUAGAGGACGAAAAGCACGGCAUUCGACUAUUUUGGCAGCCUCCUCUGGAGGAAGGAGAAGAUGUGGAUCCUUCUAAAGUUGAGUUUCUGCCACUUGGUUACGACGAGUUCUAUGGGAAAGAAGUGGCAGUGAAAAAGGAACACCCAAUAAAAAGAUUCGUACUUGGAAUCGAGAAAUCGGUGAAGCCAAUGCUUGACGGAUUAGAGAAAUGGACAGAAGAGAAAAAGAAAGCAAACGAGGAGAGAAAGGAGAUGAUACAGAAUGAGCUUGAGUUAGUAGAGGCUGAGAUUUGCUUAGAGGAAGCUAUAGAAGAUAUGGAUGAAGUAUUGAAGCAGAAAGAACAAGAAGAGGAAAAGAAAACUGAAAUGGGUUUGGCUGAAGAGGAUGAAGAUGUUUUGGUCCCGGUUUAUAAAGAAGAGAAAGUUGUCACUGCCAAAGAGAAGAUACAAGAGAAGAAACAAGAAGAGAAAUACAAAGAUGAUGAUGAUGAGGAUGAGGAUAAUGAUGAUGAUGACAAUGAUGACGAUGAUGAAGAUGAUCUUGGGCCAUCAAGUUUUGGAUCUGCAGACAAGGGAAGGAAGAAUUCUCCUUUUUCUUCAUCCUCAUUGUCUUUUGCUUCGUGUACCCUCUUUCCCGCGGUACAAUCAAGACUAGAAAGCUCGUUUCUAGCAUGGAAACAACAUCGAGUAGAACCAUCAAAAGUGAACACAGGAAUCAUCAAAGGUGCAGAUAACUCAUCAGCUUCUAUCCAUUUUCCUCCAUUGCCAAGAAACAAAUCCGGAUUGAAGAUGGUAAAGGUAUCAAACCGAGGUUCUGUCCCAAGAAGCUAUGGAAGCUCAAGACCCCAGUCUCAGUUAAUGUCUCUAUCGCGACUACUAUCUUGCAAUGCACCAUGUUCUUCUUCUCCCGAUAACAGCUCCGGUGAAGACCUCAGAGAUUCCGGCCUCUGGAAAACACCGGUUGGGGACAUGAGCGCAGUUUUGUCGCUGCAAAUUCAGACAAAAUGUUCUGAUCUGUUUGCAGAGACUCCUCCAGUCUUUUCUUGAGUCUCUCUUCUGUAGCUUUAGCUCGAGUUUCUUAUGUACCUUCAAGGCUUUUCUUUUUUUGGUGGACAAGAUCAUUUGAAUUUAUU